AUGGCAAACUACCGCACAAAACUUAGGAACAUUGGCUGCCCAGAGUUGAGCAUCAAUGGAGUCAAACAAAGGCGAGGUGCUGUUGGAAAAGGCCCAAACCAGGUGAAGAAGCCAAAGAAAGCGGAGGUCAACUUCUGCCCUGCUUACCCAGUAAACGAAACCAAAGAAAGCCUUGAAAAGGAAAGGGAAGAACUUACGUUAGAAGUGAAGAAGAAGAACAACAACCAGCUAAUCGGCAGGAAAAUGGAGAAAACCUUUGCCCACAGGAGACGAGAAUUAAUUGAAGAUAUGCCCUUCAUAGCUGAAUUUAAAAACAGGUGGCCAGCCCUGUUUUCUGAGAAUCAGAUAAAUGCAGAGUUUAACCGUAUUACCACCGUCCCCCUGCUGUCAACCUUUAUGGCUCAACUGGAUCAUUACUCUAGCAAACUGAUGAAGGCCUUCAAACAGAAGGGAGGUGCAGCAGGACGCAGAAUUAACUUGAUCAUGGCAGCCAUGGACCAGAAUCUUGAGGAUCUGGGCUCAGUUCUCCAGCUGCAGGCGGAAAACGCUCGGACAGAUCGGACCGGAGAGGAGAGCGAGGCACGGCGGAGGUCAGGGAGCUCAGGAAGACUUCUAAUUGGGGUGGGACGCACAGCAGAGGCGAGGGAUAUUUUUCACCCGUCUCCCCGGCGUGAAUGCGUUACGGCGGUGACUGAUGCGCGGCGAGAAGGCCCGGCGUCAGACUGCCGUGGAUAA